CAAUACUGUGGUAGGACACUGUUAAACGUUCUCAUGUUGGAUAUCUUUUGACUAUAUUUGUAUGAUUGUAAGGAUGAUGAAUUGGAGAGUGCAGUGGAGAACUGGGAUCAACUUUAACUUUAAAUUACACACAGUUUGUCUCAUUUCGGUCAGAGCCAUGGAGAGAGUUCCGACACUCCCAUAGACCGCCAUAGGAACUCAUUCGGAAGUAACGCGUGUCGUGGAGCCGCCAAAGGUUCCAAACACUGAUAGUUCCAGCAUUUGAACCCCAUUCAUUUUCAGUGCUCCCGAAGUAUGCUCGCUGAUACACGGAACGGCCAAAAACAUGCCUAAAGGACCACCCAAAAAAAAGCUGAAGCAGGCAGACCUUCUGAGCUUCUUUCAACAGAGUCGUGUAGGACAGGAAAAGCAGACUGGCAGAGAUGAUAAAUCUGGGGAGACGUCACAUAAUGCUCAGAAAACGACGGCUCCUUCAGUUAAGAAAGAAGUUGAAGCGGGACCCUCAAAAGAUCUGCAGCAGGAAGUUGAAGAGAACACACACACUUUCCAGUUUUGUUUAAACUCCGAGACAUUAACAGUGGUGUGUAAAACUUCCAUGACUGUGCUUGAGGCUCUCAAUACAAGCAAAAUUUUCAGGGAUGAAAAAAACAAACAGCAGAACAAACAGAAAGAAAUACUGAUUCAAAGACCCAAUGGAAAAGUUCCUAGUGCUGCUGUGAAGACCGAUUUCCCCUGCUGUCUUAUUGAAGAAGAUGAGAUCUUAGACAUAACCUUCAUCCAAAAGGAUGGAAAUAGUUCUACAAAUCAACAAACAACUGCAGAUCCUUCACUCCUCAGUAAAAGAAGUAAACCUGAAAAAUUUGUCACCUUUUGUGUAAAAAAAGGAGGAGGACCAACAGUGACAUGUUUACUGAAGAGCAAAGCUUUGAGGAGAAGGGUUAGCUAUGUUUGUGUGUUUGCAUUCAAAGGAGAGAAAAUUAAAACUGCUCUUAAACGUGAUGGGCGAUUCAACGAUGUCAUUUUCAGGAAAACCUGUGGACUUUAUGAGUUUGGUAUGGACAAAAAACAUGAAUUUUCAAUACCUGUAGACUAUCUUGACAGAAAGGCUUUCCAGGUCGUUGUUAUCAGUAAAAAGAAUCAGCCAGAGAGUCAGGAGGAUGAUGCGACUCUUGUCAAAACUGUGCCUAAUGAAGCUUCAGAUGCUGAUGCGGUAGAAAAUGCCGGGCCAAGCCAGAAUCCUGUCAACACUGAGCAGGAAAAAAAACAAGAUGGAAACACAACAAAGUCUACCAAUCCUUCUAAACGGUAUGUAGCUAAACUCAUAGACAAUUCUGAAGAGAUUGCGAAAAUUCUGCGUGAUCAGUGUGAAGAUUUACUGGAGACGGUAAAGCAGCGAGAGAAACUAAAGAACAAGUCUCAGGUCCUGAAGUUCUUCAGAGAAGAAUAUCAUAAAAGUGUUGAGAAUUUCUUGGAGGUGAAGAAAGUGAAGCAGCUCAUGAGACUCUCUGACUCUGUGUGUCGGAUUCGAUUCAGGGGGGAGACCGUAGGAACCGGGUUCUUACUCUUCGACAGAUUCAUCCUCACUAAUGCUCAUGUUAUUGUGAAAACGGCUCCCCUGUCGACACAUUUUAAAGAGUACAAAGUUGAAUUUGAUUAUAAAGGCAAGGAUUCAAUCAAGCGCAUAUCGGUUAAACAACAUGCAAUUUGCGUUUAUGAGAAAAUAGACCGUGGCAGGUAUCUUGACUAUGCUCUUCUAGAAUUGGUUUCUGUUAAAAAAAUUGCUCAAUAUCCUAAAUUGCUCAGAUGUUACAGUCCAAACCCACCUAACAGAGGUCAGAUCUGCAUUCUGGGAUAUCCAGGAGAAGGGGUCAAGAAAAUGGACCCCUGCAUCAUCAUUGAGAGAGAGAAUCGACAGGAGGCUGCAAAUAAACAUGCAUCUGAGAAUGAGCAUUUAAUUCAUGUUAUGAUGAAGGUGUAUGAGGAACAGAAAUGGGACUUUUCAUCAUAUGAAAACAAGUUUACUUAUAACUCUUGUUUUUUUCACGGAUCGUCUGGCUCUCCAGUUUUUGAUGUAAACUGCAACCUGAUUGGUGUGCACACUGGUGGAUAUGUGUACAAAGUAGAAGGUUGGAGCGUUAUGGAUUACGGUUUUACCAUGCAGCCUAUUCUGGAAUCCAUCAGUGCACAGGCUAAAAUAAACAGUUUGCAUGAGAUCGUUAAUGCCUUAGAACCCUACGUCACUAAAAGCAAUGUGUCUGUAGAUCAACAUAAUCAGACCGACUUUGAGAUGAAAGAUGCCGAAAAGUCUUGAAUGAAUCUGUCCACAUGUCUAUGCUGCUUUUUUGGGAAGGACUACCUUCUCAUAGUCUCAUUCUGAGAGACCUAAAAUAUUAGAAUUUUUCACUGUCAUUAUAGUUCCGUAUCAGGAACAAUACAAGUUUUGACAAGUGUAAAGUAAUUUAUCUCACCUGUGGGUGUUUGUGUGUCUGACUUGUGCAAAGACAGCAGAGACUACAUGCAUUGAUAAUGUCACUAUUGAAAGACAGGUCAAAUGUUAUCAAAACAAUAAACCAUGGAUGAACAGGGAGGUCAAGCUGCUGUUGAGAAACCGCGAUAAAGCCUUUAAGUCUAGGGAUAAGAAAUUAUACAGCACCACCAGAUCCAAAUUAAAGAAAGGCAUCAAGGACGCAAAAGUGGCCUACAGGAGGAAGAUAGAGGAGCACUUUGACGAAGGGGAUCCAUGGCGCGUUUGGCAGGGAAUACAACACCUUAUGAACUUUAAGGGUUUAAAAGACCCAAGCCCAAGUACCAGCAGCAAUCUGGCUGAGAAGCUCAAUUACUUCUUUGCGCGCUUUGAAGCGAAUGGGACUGAAUUAACAGCGGCCGGACCAACAAUACUCUUGCCCAAAGAAGAUGCCCCGACACUCCUUGAGAGAAGAGGAGGUCAGGAGGGCAUUUCUUGGUGUGAACCCCAGGAAGGCUGCCGGGCCCGAUGGGAUCCCUGGGAGAGUGCUGAGCGACUGCGCAGAUCAGCUGGCAGAGGUAUUCACUUCCAUCUUUAACCUCUCGCUGUCUACUUUUCAUUCCCGUUUCAUUCUCGUUCCAUUCCCAAGUGCCUUAAAUGACUAUAGACCAGUGGCUCUCACUUCCACUGUUAUGAAGUGCUUUGAAAGACUGCUGUUGAAACAUAUAACAUCCUCCCUUCCUCACACACUGGACCAGAACCAGUUUGCCUAUAAAGCAAACAGGUCAACCGCUGAUGCCAUCAACACAGCCCUGCACUGUGUGCUGACCCACCUGGAACACCUUGGCACCUAUGCAAGACUGUUGUUUGUGGAUUUUAGUUCUGCGUUUAAUUGUAUCAUUCCUAGAAGACUGGUGUCCGAGUUACAUGGACUGGGCAUCUUAUGGAUCGUUCUUACGGAUCGUUCCCUGUCAGUUCGUCUGGGGUCGCAACUUUCCUUUGUUCUCACACUCAGCACUGGGACACCCCAGGGUUGUGUGUUGAGCCCCCUACUUUACAUUUUAUACACUCAUGACUGCACCUCAGUUCAUGAAAGCAAUACUGUUAUCAAAUUUGCAGAUGACACCACUGUAGUUGGACUUAUUCACAACAAUGAUGAGUCCGCAUACAGGGAUGAAAUACAAAAACUUUCUGCCUGGUGCUCCACCAACAACCUGUCUCUCAACACCUCUAAGACCAAAGAGGUGGUGGUAGAUUUCCGCAGAAAGAAGGCUGACCUUGCCCCCGUCUACAUUAAUGGAUAAAUAGUGGAGAGGGUUGAGGACUUCAAAUUCCUUGGGACAUACAUUUCACAGGACAUUACUUGGACAACCAACACUACAGCUCUUGCGAAGAAAGCUCAGCAGCGACUGUACUUUCUCAGGUCACUCAAUAAAAUUAACCUCUCCCAGAAAUUGCUUUUAUCCUUUUACAACUGUUCUGUCCAAAGCAUUAUCUCACACGAUAUUCUGGUGUGAAAAAAAGCGCUGGAUAGAGUUAGGAAAUCAGCACAAAAUAUUAUUCACACACAGCUCCCCUCAUUUGUGGACAUAUAUCAUACCAGAUGCAUGCAGCGGCCAAAAAAUAUAAUCCAGGACUGUUUUUAUCCAAAUGCUAUAAAAUACCUGAACUCAUGAGCAUCUAGAUUGCUCUGCAUUUUUAAUGACUAUAUUUGAGCUUUUAUCUUUUAUCUAUAUUUAAUGUAUUUAUGUACUGUGUGUAUUGAUAAUGUUUUUGUCAUAUUAUGUGUUACCACCAUGGGAAGUACAAUUUAAAUUUCGUUGUUAUAGGCAAUGACAAUAAAAUGCAAUUCAAGUAA